CUGACAUAAACUAAAUCCUAAAAGAAGUUCAGCAAGCAUCUGCUUAUGUUGAUUUUGUCGCAUCCUCUCGUCUCGGGCAAUCCAAUGUGUUCCCUUUCAGUUCAAAAACCCAGUUUCUUUGAUUCUGAAAUCUUAACCCAUAACUCCUCAAUCACAAUGAGCUCAUCAAAGCUUCUGCAUUUCUUCAUCUUCUUCCUUUCAACCGCACUAGCCCUUCUCCGUUGGUUGCUCGCCGUUUUUUUUCAAAUAAAUAGGGCAUCGAUCCUUUUCUAUAUCGUUGAUACGCUUUUUUCGAUUUACUUUAGGUUCUGUGGUCUUACAUCGUUUGCUGUUGAUUUAGAUGAUCGAACCACCGUGCAUUUUUGGACUUCCAGUCAUCGGAGGUUCGAUAAGCCUAAUCUAGUCGUGGUCCAUGGCUACGGAGGCGAUGCACGGUGGCAAUUUCUAUAUCAAGUGGGUUUUCUUUCUCGGAAGUUUAAUCUGUUCAUGCCGGAUUUAUUGUUCUUUGGUAAAUCUUAUUCGAACCGGCCGGACCGGACCGAUGCGUUUCAAGCGGGAUGUUUGAUAGAAGGGUUGAAUAGAUUGGGUGUGGAUAGGUUUUCGGUGUACUCGAUUAGCUAUGGAGGGUAUGUGGCGUAUCGGAUGGCUGAGAUUUGUCCUAAAGAUAUGAUGGAGAAGCUUGUGAUAGUGAGCAGUGGGGUAGCAUGGAGUGAUGAUGAGAAAGGAGAACAUAUUAAGAAGAUUGGAAGAGAUCCGAAAGAGUUGCUUGUACCAACAAAUCCAAAUGAUCUGAGACUUCUAGUGAAGCUAUCAGUAUACAAAGGCAAGCCUUUGAAGUGGCUUCCUGAUUUUUUCCUUCAAGAGUUCAUCAAUGUGUUGGGCAAUAAUAAUAGGAAGGAGAAGUUAGAGCUGGUAGAACACUUGUUGGCCAAAAAAGCAGAUACAGACCUUCCAAUUCUAACCCAGGAAACACUUCUAAUAUGGGGCGAUCAGGAUAAUGUCUUCCCAGUACAUUUGGCCCAUCAGUUGCAGAGGCAUCUUGGACCAAAAUCAAGAGUGGAAAUAAUCAAGGACACAGGACAUGCUGCAAAUAUUGAAUCUCCUGAUGCUGUCAAUACUUUGAUCGCAUCAUUUCUUUUAGGUCACUCUUAAUCUAACGGUUAGAAAUUCCAUACAAAUUGAAGCAUGAUUCCCACGCGUGAGAAAUUUCCAAGUAUGAAACAUGCAAAUGCAAUUGUCCUCUUGAAAUUUGUGUGGAAUUAUCAAGCAAUUGAAGAAUUAAUUCACUUUUGCUAAA